AUGGACAAGAAAAAUAUCGUAUCCAAAAUAAGUGAAAGUCCUAUUGACGUGGGAAGCGAUUGCAGUAAACCGAAAAACUGUUCUACAGCAACUGAUGACUAUUACAAUAAGAACUGUGGUUUUAAAAACACCUAUUUUGUUCGAAAGAACAAUAUCAACAUUAGAGUGAAGAAACGUGGAACCAAUAAAAAAACAUCAUUUGAAGUUAGUGAUAUUCACAAAAGUCUGUUGGUCAAUAUAUCUAAGCUCAAAGCACCAACUAUAAUACUAAAAAACGUCUUGCCAAUUAUUAUGGGUGGGAGGGAUUUAGUAGCCAUUACACCGGUCGGUUCAGCAAAAACUACAGGUUUUGUUAUACCAAUAAUGAACUGUUUACUGAAUAAUCUACCGGAAAUAAAUGACGAGAUUCGACGUUGCGACCCACUUGCUAUAAUCAUGGUACCCACGAAAAGAGCUGUUGAAAAAGUAUAUGAUUUUACAUGUCGAUUAAUUAAUGACACUUCAAUUAUAUGUAUACCGCUGUAUGAUAUUGAAUCCACCGCCGACAACAAACAGAAAAUUAAGAAUGGUGUUCAUGUAAUUGUGACUACUCCAGAAAGCUUGGCUAGUUUUGUAGGCGCUGGUUUGGUCAUUUUCACUGCCUUACAAUAUGUUGUAUUUGAUGAAGUCGAUUUAAUUUUGACUAGAGGAUUUAAACCCGAAAUUGAAUACAUAUUGAAUCAUAAAACUAUGGUAUCAAAGGACAAAAGAUCAACAGCUUUGUUUUCGAUGACCAUGCUCGAUGAUGUUAAACAAUUAGCAAAGACUUACCUAAAGCCGAAUUAUAUAUCACUAUUCACCAUUCCUGACAGUAGUAUGUAUGUCCAAUGUCCAUACCCUAACAUCAUAUAG